AGAAAAGUUUCUUCCAAGUUUGCGACCAACCCCGAGACCGCGCCAGCCGGGUCGCGGGAGCAGUCCAAACUCCCAAGUCCAGAGCCACCGAGUUGUUGAGUGCGGCGGGGGGAGUCCAGUCCCAUCGGCGGCGUUAGCUUGACCGGAUUCUCCUCUAUCUGGCAACCGGAGUUGGGCACGACGAUGGCGUGGCUCGCGGCGGCGGCGGAGCGCCUCCUGUCGGCGCUGGACUGGGAGCGCGAGGCCUACCCGGCGUACGAUGACUUCCUCGCGCUCCCCCUCUUCGCCCUCUUCUUCCCGACCGCCCGCUUCCUCCUCGAUCGCUUCGUCUUCGAGAGAGUUGCUAGGAAACUUAUGUUCGGAAAUGCACAUGACAAGGCUGAUCAUAAAGCAGAGCAAACGAAAAAGAGGAUAAGAAAAUUCAAGGAAUCGGCUUGGAAGUGCAUUUAUUUCCUAUCUGGAGAGGUGUUGUCUUUGUUGGUCACGUAUAAUGAGCCUUGGUUCACAAACACCAAGUAUUUUUGGGUGGGACCUGGCGAACAGGUUUGGCCGGAUCAAAAGACAAAAUUGAAACUUAAGGCUGUCUAUAUGUAUGCUGCUGGAUUCUACACAUACUCAAUAUUCGCACUUAUGUUCUGGGAAACAAGGCGUGCAGAUUUUGGUGUCUCAAUGUCGCAUCAUGUUACAACUGUUGUGCUGAUAAUUUUAUCCUAUGUAUUCAGGUUUGCUAGAGUUGGUGCAAUUGUACUGGCAAUUCAUGAUGCAAGCGAUGUGUUUUUAGAAAUUGGGAAGAUGUCCAAGUAUAGCAAUUGUGAUUGGCUUGCAAAUGUUGCAUUUCUUCUUUUUGUUGUUUCAUGGGUUCUUCUCCGCCUCACAUAUUUUCCGUUCUGGAUUCUCAGAAGUACAAGCUAUGAAGUUCUGUUGACUCUGGAUAAGAAGAAGCACAAUUUUGACGGGCCAAUAUAUUACUAUGUGUUCAAUUCCCUUUUGUUUUCACUACUUGUUCUUCACAUAUAUUGGUGGGUUCUAAUAUAUCGGAUGCUUGUGAGACAACUUAAGACAAGAAAUGUUGGAGAUGAUGUUCGAUCUGACUCUGAAGAGGAAGACGAGCAUGAAGAUUGACUGCUGUUGUGAUGAUAUAAAGGAACAUCAACACAUAUGUUACAGCUUAAUUAUGUAUUCUUUUCCUGCAUUGUGGGAAUAUAAGACUAUGUGGAGAUUGCUGUAGGAUCAUGUAUACACGACAUCAUGCAGUUCACCCCAUAGCUGUUAAAUUACAGUCAUUUUUUGGGAAAAGCAGGCAAUAUUUUUUGGCUGCUCACUCUGUAGAAAGACUAUAUAGUCAUUUAUGUACCAGAAAGGAAAGUGUACCAGCAAUUGAAGUGUUAGUUCCAACCUAGAAAGACUGAUUAUAUUCAAUUAUGUAAGUUUAAUUGAAGUUUCAGUUCCAAUCCACAACGAGUGAUUAUAUUCGAUUAUGUAAUGUUUUUCUUA